UUUUCAAGAUGCACGGAGGACUAUUACCGCAAGUUCAUUGAGCUUCAAGAGAAAUUGAGGAAAAGGUAAAUCGAAUCGAGUGUAUUUGUUGUGAGGGUUGUCAUGACGUGGUUGUUUGUAUUGAACAUCCCUACAGGGGGUUAGUUUUUUCGAUUUUUUUUCUUUUAACUUUUAGUGAAGAGGAAAGACUUCGAUUAGAAAUGAAGUUCAAUGAAAUGGUUCAGUAUACCAGAGAUGAGGAAGAAGCUCAACAUAAGAAACUACAAACGCAAUAUCAAAAUUUUUUAGAGGACGAUAUAAAAAGACACGAAAGGAAUGAAAGGAUUGUGAAAGCAUUAGAAAGGAUAGAAAAUAGAUCGGCUUUAUUAGCCGCUAAAACGGAACGUUUUAAAUUAUUUCGUAAGCAAUAUACGAGUUAUUUAAAAAGAAUGACCGGGGAUGUUCAUUAUAAUCCCGUUGAAUUACAUUGUGAUCGUGCAGAACAACAAUAUGAUUAUUUAACGGACGAUUAUGAACCCCAUUAUUAUUCGGCGUCGAAUUUAUCGGCGUCUCCAAUACAUAAAAAAUACAACUUUGAGUCAAUUCGGAGUAAAUCUCCAAUAACAUCAACAAUCUCCGAAAGAUUAAGCGUUGUUCCAGAAAAUAAGAAAAUAAAUUACCCAAAGUAUCAAAAUGGGGAUCUUUAUAAGCACCCAACAAUUCAAAAAGUCCUUAAUGGAAAUCAAAAUAAUUUAAAUGACGAUUUAGAGAGUUUAAAAUCUUAUUUAAAACCACAAACUCAAUUUCCAGAGAGACCCCGAAGUGUUAUAAACGAAGAUUUAUUUGAUUCAUUAUCAGAUUCUGAUUUGCCUGAAAGAAAAUCAUCGCCAAUAAACGAUAAUAAACUAGAACGAAUUAUUCGAUGGAGACCUAAGUUUCAGUUGCCUAGGAAAAAUAAAUUCCAAUUUAGAAGGAAUCGUUGGAGCGCUCCCGAAAGAGUAACGAAAUCGUACACAUCUCCAAAAUCAAAAAGUCCGUUGGCGUCUCCGUCUUUUCGAAAAAGACAUCUAGACGUUUCACCAAGUCCAGAAAUUCGUAGAUAUGAAGAUAAUAGACGAGAUUUUGGAUAUAAGCCUAUUUCUAAAGUAAUAAAUGAAGAUUUUAGAUCAUCCCCAUCCAGAAAUUACUCGGUAUCUCCCACCAAAAAUUAUCAAAGCGAAGAUUUAGGUUAUCAAUUAUCGAAUUAUCCCAAUUUGGACGUUGGGACAAAAAUAAACAUAGAAUACACUUUAUAUCCGAAGAUAUCGGAUAGGAGUUAUUUGCCUUCAACUUCAUCAUGUUUUUCAAAUUACCAAAGAGUUUCUCGCAGUCCCAGUCCUGGUAGAAACCGCGUUUCUUGGUACGAUCAUUAUUUGGGGCGAUGCCCACCAUCGAGUAGCCAAGAAAAUUUAGACUAUUCAAGGUAUAAUAAAGAUGGAGAUGCGAAUCGAUUUGUGGAUGAUUAUAGAAGUUCAAAAAAUAAGCAAGACAGUAUUUUAUUAAAUUCAGAAAUUAGGAAUACAAAUUAUUCGGAUUAUAAAAAAUAUUCGCCUAGUUAUCAAAAAAGAGUUGAUUUUGUCGAUAAUCAUCAAAAAAAUUUUAAAGAAAAUGAUGACCACAAAAUUGAAUCAAAAUUUGAUAAUUUACAAAAAUCUGAUGAUUUAUUAAAGUUGGAUUUACCUAAAUUUGAUGAUUUACCAAAAUCUGAUGUAGAUGAAACUGAAGAUCAAGUACUUUCGGAAGUGUUUCAAGAUGAAAUGUUGGAAGGUACAAAAAAAAUUUGUACCGCUCAGGAUGAUAUUGAAAAUUACCAAGAAACAAUUUUGAAUGAUGAAGAUAAAAACUCAGAUGUCGAAAAAGAAUCAUUUGAACCUCAAGAUAUUAUCGUAUCAGCUUCAAUUCAACCCAAAGACACGGAUAAUAAAGAACUAUAUGAAGAAAAACAUGAUUCAUUGGAAGAAACUCAAAAGGAAAAUAUGUUACAACAAGAAAAUCGCGAAGUUGAUUCAAAUAUGAAAGGAGAUGUAGAAUUAAAAGAAGAAUAUGUUGAAGAUAUUAAGUUAAAGGAAGAUGGUGGUGAUUUAUUGGAAAAAGAACAAUUAGAUGAUAAAGAAAAUGAUGCAGAAAUUAGUGGAAACGAAUAUAAGGCUGAAAAAGAAAAUGACGAUGUUAACCCAGAAAUUGAUAAAGAGAUUAUAUCGACUAAAGAAGAAAUCAUUCCAAAUGGAAUUAUUAAACAUGUCGCAAAUGAAAAAGAGCUUGAAUACAUUGAGGAUGAAACGAAUAAUUUAAAAGCAGAUGAAAACACUGAAAAAGAACAGCUUCCUCCUACUGAAGAUCAGCCUCAAGAUAACAAGCUUACAACCGAAUAUACAACGGCAGAAUAUCAACCAAACGAUCAACAAGAAAACAUUCAAUACGACGAAAAUGGUCAACCAAUUCAAUAUGCCAAUUACGACCAGGGAAAUGUGCAGUAUGAUGAAAAUGGUCAACCUAUUGGUUAUGACGAUGGUCAAUAUUACCCACAAUAUGACGAAAAUGGACAACCUGUAGUUCAAUACGACGAAAAUGGGCAACCAAUUGUUCAAUACGAUGAAAAUGGACAACCUUUGUACCAGUAUGAUCAGUAUUAUCAAAAUCAAGAACAGUAUCAAGAAGGACAGGAACAAUAUAGAGAAGGGUAUCAACAGGAAGGAUACCAAGAAGGACAGCAGUAUCAAGAAGGGCAACAACAGUAUCAAGAAGAAAAUCAAAAUCAACAGGAAUAUCAAGAAAAACAACAGGAUCAAGAAGGGCAACAACAAUAUCAAGAACAACAACAAGAAUAUCAAAAAGAACAAGAACAAUAUCAAAAAGAACAAGAACAGUAUCAAAAAGAACAAGAACAAUAUCAAAAAGAACAAGAACAAUAUCAAAAAGAACAAGAACAAUAUCAACAAGAACAACAACAAUACCAAGAAGAAGGAAAUGUGGAAUAUAAGGAAGAUAGUAAUGUCGAAAUUCAAGAUGGUCAAAAUGAAAAGAUUAAAGUUGAUGAGGAUUCUUUGAAAAAAUCUGAUGAUGGGAAAAUGAAAGUUUUAGAAAUGUUAGAUACGGACUCAGAAAGUACAAAGCAAGAGACUAAAACAUCUAAUGAUAGUGAUUUCGAUUUGAGUAAAUAA